UUGAGAUUUGAGAUAUUAAAAAUAUUAUUAUUUUAUAAAAUUACAAACAUUUAUCGAAUAUAAAUAAUAUAAUAUAAUAAAAUUAUAACUACUUACCAUAUUCUCGUCAUAUUGUUCCUUAUUUACCCGAUUAAAGUAUCCUAUUCGAGUGUUCGAACAAUUGUACACUAAGAGAAUGCUAAAUAUGUAUUAAGACAACCUCCUCGCCACCUUUCGAAAAUGUAUUGGAUCUAUAAUUUUUAACGUUAAACCUCAAAUGUAACUACAGUAACUGUAGUUUCUUCGACACGACCGGCAAGAUGCUUUUUUAUCUAAUACCUAUCCAUAUUUUUGACAAUCAGUCAUACAAUAUGCCUUCGUUGGACGGUAAAACUAACCAGUACAGACCGUGAAGCGGAGUAUACGAUUUUGCUGUUUGCAUAAUAUGGGCUGUGGUCCUAGUCAUUUCGGAAUCUCAUAUUCCAGAAAGACCAAGAAGAAAAAAAACAAGCACAAAGAAUCUGAUGAUGAAAAAAGUGAGGGCAGUGCUUAUGAAAAUCAUGUUGAAGAACAAAUACAGCUGACAAGUACACCGUCUGUAAACAAUUUAUGUGACAUGUCUGAAAUGGAUGAUUCAAGUCCACUACAUCAACGUGUGUCAUGUCCACAGUCUUCCACUUCGUUAUUUGUCAAUCCACAAUUAUCUUCUAGUCAACUCAAUUUCUUUAGAAUGUUAGAUGAAAAAAUAGAAAUGGGUGCAGAUUAUACGCAAACUAUUGAAGAACAACGUUUGGAAAAAAUUCAUCGUACGCAUGCAUUAUUAAUGGAAUGGGAACGAGCACGAAUUCGCAAUUCUCCAAAACCUUGCUCAAACUCUAGAUCCCGUUUUAUACGCAACCCACGACAACCACAAUUUCGAGUUUCCCAUUCGGUUGUUCAAUUUGACCAAGAACAAGGUGCUUUCCAUACUGAACUCAUAUGAAGUACAAAAU